UCCCCGUUCCUGUCUUUGCCGACAGGAAAGGGGCUGUGUGAGACGGAGGGAAGAAGGCACACCCGGGGGUGGCGCGGCGAGGAGGGGGCGCGACGGCCCGGAGGCUGGUGGAGCGACACCCAGGCAGGAGAGGGGGAAGAACUCUCUCCCUUUCUGAACCCCCUUUUCCCUGAGAGACGAGUUGGGGCAGUCCUCCACGCAUUACCCACUCGGGCCGCAUAAAUUCCCUUCUUUAGCCCUCUGCCCCCGCCCUUGCUCAUAAGCCUUUGAGACCGCAGAAGGGACCUUGUUGUGGAACGGGACGGCAAAGAGGAAGCCAGAGCGCUGAGGGUCCAGUCUCCAGCUUGCCUCCUGCUAUAUCCAUUGGAAGAGAAAAGUUUGUGACUUGGGCCCCCAAGUUUUGAGAGAACUGGGCUUUCGGCGCGGGGGGUCAGAGGAGGCUGUGGGGAGCUUUCCCCAUGGAGCCUACCCAGCCUGCAGAGGACCUCAUUCUGACCCAGCAGCCCCUUGCCUCAGAACUUGGGGACCCUGAAGACCCCGGAGAGGAGGCUGCAGAUGGCUCAGACACUGUGGUCCUCAGUCUCUUUCCCUGCACCCCCGAGCCUGUGAAUCCUGAACCGGAUGCCAGUGUUUCCUCUCCACAGGCAGGCAGCUCCCUGAAGCACUCCACUACUCUCACCAACCGGCAGCGAGGGAACGAGGUGUCGGCUCUGCCGGCCACCCUAGACUCCCUGUCCAUCCACCAGCUCGCAGCACAGGGGGAGCUGGACCAGCUGAAGGAGCAUUUGCGGAAAGGUGACAACCUCGUCAACAAGCCAGACGAGCGCGGCUUCACCCCCCUCAUCUGGGCCUCGGCCUUUGGAGAGAUCGAGACCGUUCGCUUCCUGCUGGAGUGGGGUGCCGACCCCCACAUCCUGGCCAAAGAGCGAGAGAGCGCCCUGUCGCUGGCCAGCACAGGCGGCUACACAGACAUUGUGGGGCUGCUGCUGGAGCGUGACGUGGAUAUCAACAUCUAUGAUUGGAAUGGAGGGACGCCACUGCUGUACGCUGUGCGUGGGAACCACGUGAAAUGCGUUGAGGCCUUGCUGGCCCGAGGUGCUGACCUCACCACCGAAGCCGACUCUGGCUACACCCCGAUGGACCUUGCCGUGGCCCUGGGAUACCGGAAAGUGCAACAGGUGAUCGAGAACCACAUCCUCAAGCUCUUCCAGAGCAACCUGGUGCCCGCUGACCCUGAGUGAAGGCCGCCUGCCGGGGACUCAGACACUCAGGGAACAAAAUGGUUGGCCAGAGCUGGGGAAACCCAGAACUGGCUUCAAAGGCAGCUCCUGGACAGGUGGUGGGAGGGGACCCCUUCCUAGAGGAACCAAUAAACCUUCUGUGCAGAA